AUGUAUCAAAAUCUCCGGAAGAGUUUUUGGUGGAAUGGAAUGAAGAAGGAUGUGGCUGAAUAUGUGGCUAGAUGCCUAACUUGCCAAAAGGCGAAGAUAAAACACCAACGUCCACCUGGGUUGUUACAGCCGCUGGAGAUCCCUGAGUGGAAAUGGGAUAGUAUUUCCAUGGACUUUGUUUUUGGGUUGCCUAAGACCAGGAACAACCAUGAUACCAUCUGGGUGAUAGUGGAUCGGUUAACUAAGGUUGCACACUUUCUCCCGAUCAACAUGAAGUAUAAGUUGGAAAGACUUGUGGAAUUGUAUGUGAGAGAGAUAGUCAGGCUGCAUGGAGUGCCGACUAGUGUGGUGUCAGAUAGAGAUCCGAGGUUUACCUUGAGGUUUUGGGAGAGCCUGCAACGUGCGUUAGGGACUAAGUUGAGACUGAGCUCGACUUAUCACCCACAGACUGACAGUCAGACUGAGCAGACCAUCCAAUCCCUAGAAGACUUGUUGAGGGCUUGCGUGCUAGAGCAGCAAGGAACUUGGGAAGAGUGCCUGUCGCUGGUGGAAUUCACGUACAACAAUAGUUACCAUGCUAGCAUUGAAAUGGCACCAUUUAAGGCCUUGUAUGGGCGGAGAUGCAGAACUCCGUUGUGUUGGUAUGAAAUCAAAGAGGCGACUCUGUGUGCGCCAAAUAUGGUCCAAAGGCAGACUGAGCAGAUCAAAAUGAUCAAAGAGAAAAUAAAGGUCUCACUUGUGACCAGAGUUGGGAUAGCCCUGAAAUUUAUUGAGUUGCUCAAAGUGCUGAGUAGAAUUGGUCUUGCUGUAUAUCAGAUAGCAUUGCCUCUGAAUCUCUCGAAUCUACAUCCGGUGUUCCAUGUGUUGCAGCUUAGGCAAUAUGUGUCGGAUCCUUCCCAUGAGAUUGAUCUUGACCCGGUUCAAGUGAGAGAAGAUUUGUCAUAUGACGCGUAUCCGGUAAGAAUUGCUGAUCACUGUGUUAAGCAGCUGAGGGGCAAGGACAUCUCAUUGGUGAAAGUGACCCUUAAGGAAAAGGAGUUCAAGUGGACCAAAGGGUGUGAAGCUAGUUUCUUGGAGCUGAAAAUAAGAUUGACUUCGGCGCCGGUGUUAGCACUGCCCAACCUGGAGCAAAAAUUUGAUGUGUAUUGUGAUGCAUCCAGGAUUGCUAUAGAUGAAAAUGAUAUACCUAGUGAUACUAUUAUGACGGAAAUGGAAUUAACUUUUAGUGUCCUUUUUUAUUUCCCCUCAAGUAGAAUUCAUCAUACUCUUUGUGUAUAUAUCUUUCCUGGUACUGUGAGGACCCCAGUAACUUUGACCUACCUAUUCACGUACCAUGACCACGAUCACCUUAGGAGACCAUCUUAUUGGACGUUUGAAAGGAUCACUGGUGCCCAGGUUACUGCGGACCUUGGUGAUCUGUAUCUCGGAUCAGGUAAUGAUCUCGACUCCGAUGAUAUUGCGAUGAUAGAGGGAUGA